AUGGACACCAUUGAUACCGUCGACGCCCCCCUUACAAGGGUCGCGCAGCCCAACGGAGCUCUCACCGUUAAGAAUGCGCGCACAGAGUUCCGUUCCAAGGCGGAGCUGGAACGCAUUCGCCGGCAACGACAGGCGCAAAAAGCGUACGGCCGCGGUCGCCAAAUCGAUGUCAAGAGCGUCCGCGACAAGAAACUACGACGAAACCUGACGAACCUCGAGACGAAAUACAAGACGGCGGCUCUGAAAUCGAAGGAGGCUGAGAUCUUGCUCGAAAACACGUCGGGAUUCCUCGAAGCCGAGACCGAACUCGAACGCACCUAUCGGGUUCGCCAGGACGACAUCCAGAAGGAGGUUGGCAUUGAUGUCGCGCAAAAGAAGUUUGAACUUAAACUUGAAGGACUGGGUCCGUAUGUGUGUGAAUACAGCAGAAAUGGUCGCGAUCUGAUCCUGGCGGGGAGGAAAGGCCAUGUCGCGACGAUGGACUGGCGGGAAGGGAAGCUUGGGUGCGAGCUGCAGCUGGGUGAGACGAUUCGAGACGCCCGAUUUCUUCAUAACAACCAAUUCUUUGCUGUGGCACAGAAAAAAUACGUCUACAUCUAUGACUCGAGUGGUGUCGAGCUCCACUGCAUGAAGAAGCACGUGGAGGUCUCACAUAUGGAGUUCCUCCCGUACCAUUUCUUGUUAGCGACGUUGAGCAUCAACGGCUACUUGAAGUACCAAGACACCUCGACCGGCCAAAUAGUAACCGAGAUCCCGACCAAGCUCGGAACACCCGUCUCUCUCACACAAAACCCCCACAACGCCAUUCUCCAUGUUGGGCAACAAAACGGCACCGUCACAUUAUGGUCUCCCAACUCAUCAGAACCCCUUGUCAAACUCCUUGCGCAUAGGGGGCCGGUACGAUCGCUAGCUGUCGACCGAGAAGGGCGAUACAUGGUGUCAGCGGGACAGGACAACCGGAUGGCGAUUUGGGAUAUUCGCAACUUCAAGGAGGCCGUCUCCAGCUACUUCACAAGAUCGCCAGCGACAUCCCUCGCAAUAUCUGAUACAGGGCUCACCGCCGUUGGGUGGGGGACCAAAACAACAGUCUGGAAGGGCCUGUUCUCGAAGGAAAGGGCAGUGCAAGAAAAGGUGCAAAGCCCAUACAUGACGUGGGGCGGCGAGGGACAGGCCAUCGAAAGGGUUCGGUGGUGUCCGUAUGAAGACGUUCUCGGCCUAGGGCACACCGAGGGGUUCUCAUCUCUCAUCAUCCCCGGCGCCGGCGAAGCCAACUAUGACGCGUUGGAAGUGAACCCCUUCGAGACCAAGAAGCAGCGGCAAGAGGGUGAAGUCAAGGGCCUGCUCAACAAGCUCCAGCCGGAGAUGAUUGCUCUGGAUCCCAACUACAUCGGAAAUCUGGAUCUGCGGUCCGAGGAGCAGCGCAAGGCCGACCGUGACCUAGACUCGCCGGCGGUGGAUGUCGUCGAGGAGAUGCGAAACAGGGCCCGCGGCAAGAAUGGCGCGCUCAAGAAAUACCUGCGUAAGCAGCGUAAGAAGAACAUCAUUGAUGAGAAGCGGCUCAAGGCGGAGGAGAUGUACAAGGAGAUGCAGGAGAAGAAAGACGAACGACACAAAGAACGAAAGGCUGAACUAGGGCCGACAUUGGCACGCUUUGCCAAGUCAUAG